AUGCCUUCGUCUAACCGCCGAAAUGGCUUCCUUUAUCAUUUCUUACUUGGGCUUGCACUUUGCUUUAUAUACGGCUCAAGUUACGCCUAUCCGAACCUACCCACCGAUUUCCAAGCAAACGACCUCAGUUUAGACCCCAGUCUGCAACAGACGAACGUCAACACCCUUAUACCAACUCGGCUGGAGACCCGAGCAGGCCGCAAGAAGCUUUGUUCGCUACUCAAAAAUUUCAAACCCAAAAGGCCGACACCGACCACACCCGACAAAGAAACACCCAGUAUCUCAACCACACCGUACAUCUAUGAACCCGAUUCAGGAAGCGACACCGAGCCAGAGCCAGAGCCAGAACUCGAUCCAGACAGCGAUGCCGAAUCGGAGAUUGCCUCGAAACCCCAAGGAAUCACUAUUGCGGGAGUCGAUUUCUUUAAAGAAAACAUGCAAAAGGGUCUUAUGAGAAAACAUCUUCCAUAUGUUUUCUACACGAAUUUCCCAAACACUGAAGGAACAAGCGAAAGAGCCAAACAAUGGGCGAAGGAUUUCUUCCAAGAAGUCAUACCCGACCCACAGCGAACACCAAGUCUAUAUGAGAACCAUGUGUUUCGCCAAUGGAAAUACUUCAAAUUUCUCAUGUGGGGGCGUGUUACUCGCGCGGAUUGGGGGUUUGGAAUAAUGAUCAAAUGGAUCGAAUGGAAUAUUGAGGAUGUAAUGGGUGAUCACGACAUGGCACAGUGGUAUGUGAAUGUAGCCGAAAAGAACCAGGCACAAGCCUUGUCAGAGAUUUGCCGUGGAGACGUUAUUCUGGUUGUCCCGGAUGAGAUUAACCCUAAUAACGAUGUGAACGGCUGGAGUACUAUACAGGCAUGGGGUGGUAAGUGA